AUGAUUCCAACCUAUGACAUUAAAAAGUUCUUGGCCUUAGCUCGUGUCCUCUCAGGAAAGAUCUCGACGGGCCUCAAGGUCAGGAUCAUUGGACCAAACUGCUUUAAGAAAGUUGAGCGUAUGAUUAUCUUGAUGGGGAAGAACAAGAAGCAUACUUUUGACGAAGUCACUUCUGGAAAUAUAGUGGCCAUGGUUGGCCUUGACGACGUCAUCAGCAAAAGCGCCACUCUCAUAGAUGCUAAGAAUGAAAAUUAUCACGUAAUUAAGGAUAUGAGAUUGCCGGUUCCACCUCUCUUGCCCAUUAACAUCAAGGCUCAAGAAGAAAUAGCCAUGAAGCUCCUUGAAGGUUUGACGCUCCUAAGCAAGUUAGACCCUAUGAUUGUCUGCAAUGUUGACGAGAAAGCGACGAGUUCCAUUAGUGGCGUAACUGAGCCUCACCUCGAUAGGUGCAAAAACUACUUGCAGGAUGAUUUAUUGGGAGGGGCUAAGAUCACAUCAACCUCACCGAUCGUCACCUUCUGUGAGUCGGUUCUUGACAGGUCCGACUGUACCGUCAUGAAAAUGUCUCGCAACAAGAGCAUCUGCCUCUACAUGGUGGCUCGGCCCCUGGAUAAAUUCCUUGCCAAGGCCAUCGAUGACGGGCGGAUUGGCCCGCAUGUCGACCCCGAGUUCUGCUCGAAUAUCCUGAAUAACGAGUUUGGCUGGGACAGGGAGCUGGCCAACAAGAUCUGGUGCUUUGGACCCAACUCCACUGGCCCAAACAUUUUGGUUAACAUGUGCAAUGGAGUCGUCAAGCACUUGGAUGAUAUCAAGGGCUUAGUCAUUGAAGGUUUCCAAAAAGCCACGCUGGCGGGCCCGCUUGCGGGAGAGAACAUGAGGAACAUCCGCUUUGAGCUGCGUGACGCCAAGAUCGCCAAAGACUUCUUAUCCAGAGGCCCUAAACAGAUCAUCGAUGCUGCUCAACAUGUCGUGUACGCAGCAUAUCUCUCGGCACAUCCUUGUUUAAUGGAGCCCAUCUACUUGGUCGAGAUUAAGGCGAUCGAGCGCGAUUUAUGUUUGAUCUAUCAAACUGUGUACAAUAAGAGGGGACAUGUGUUCAAAGAGGAGAAGAUGUCCGACAGUCCUUUCUACAAUCUCCAGGCCUACCUGCCAGUGAUGGAGUCUCUUGGGUUCUUCACCGACUUCCAGGCUAGGAAUUCCGACAUUAUUUUCCCACUAGUGGUGUUUGACCACUGGGACAUAAGGAAUCUCGACCCGCAGAAGUCCGAUAACGAGGUGGGCAGUCUGGUGCUUCAAACUCGUAUUAGGAAGAAGUUGGGGGACAUGAAGAAGCUGUCCUAUUACGAGAAUUAG